AUGGCAGCAAAAGGCCUCGAAAGCGACGAAGCCCCCUGGCAGAAGAUGGUCAAAGUCUUCGGGGCGAGGACCGCAAAGAACAAUGCUGCUCACUUGCUCCCGCACCUCAAGUCAAACUUUCGAAUUCUCGACGUCGGCUGCGGCAUUGGUAGCAUUACUAUCGAUCUCGCCAACCUUGUCCUGGACGGCGAGGUGGUAGGAAUCGAUACGAACGAAUCUACCACACCGAUGGCACAACAGAUGGCGCAGGACAAGGGGGUCUCCAAUGUCAAGUUCUCGUUCGGAGAUGCACAUGAUCUAUCUGCCUUUCCAGACGAGAGCUUCGACGUCGUGCAUGCACAUCAAGUAGCUUUGCACCUUCCCAACCCGGUCAAAGCACUCAAGGAGAUGCGGCGGGUGUUGAAGACGGGUGGCGUGCUGUCGCUGCGAGAUAAUAUCGAUCUGAUGCACUAUCCACUCGACCCGUGGAUCCAGAAGAACCAGGACUGGUUCCGCGACCUCAGCCGCAAAAGCGGUGCCAACCCCCAAGGCGGCUCCUACACCCAUGACUGGACUCACCAAGCUGGUUUCCCCUGGGAUAAGAUCGAUAGCGCCGUGGUCUCCUGGUCAGUCUCCACGUUAGAAGACCGACGUUUCUGGGCCAGUGGAGGCAAGAACGCUUUUCGAACGAUGGGCCUGAAAGCUGGCUACGGUAACGAAAAAGACUACGAUGAGAUUGAACGGGCGUGGGAGGCUUGGGCAGAGAAAGAUGAGGGAAGAAUGGUGUGA